AUGAAUAAUUCCACAAAUAAUUUUAUAAAUCAGACUACUGGUAGUCAAUUUCAACAUACUACAACUCAAAUAAAUUCAUCCAAUAAUCUUAUCAUUACACAUUUAAUUGACGGUGGCAACCCGUUCAUUGAAACACAAAGUCCAGCAAAUCAAAAUCAAACUGUUUCUCCGCAAAAUACUCAAUUUUCGGACAUAUUAUUCUUUGGAACACCCUCUUGGAAAAAAUGA